GGUCGCGCCGCGCCGCCGCCCCGCGCCGUCGCACGCAAUUGCACUGCACUCCGGGCUCCGUGCGUAAAAAGCGCACGCAGGAGCCGCGGGGGCCGGGGCGGAGGCCCGCUGCCCGCGCGGCUGCACUCGACCCAACAGUCUCUACCAGACGCUCGCAAGAGCACACCGCCCCCACACAGGGCGUUCCUCGCGCGAAAACAACCCCCGAAGUGUUUAAAACUUUUGAAGUGCCGGUGCUGUUUCCCAUGAGUUUUCCGACAAUAACAAUCGCAAUUGGCCUGUAAUAUCGGAUUAUUAACGAGGAAUCACAAUUCCGAAAAAUGGGUAGCAGCGAAGGACAGCAGACUUUCUGUCUGAAAUGGAACCACCACAAAACAAACCUCGUGGAAAUCCUCGAAGCCUUGAUCAAAGUAGAGACCUAUGUGGACUGCACACUGGUUGUCGACGACCAGGUGACUUUCAAGGCUCAUCGGGUGGUCCUGGCAGCCAAUUCGCCUUACUUUCAGUCGAUCCUAGCUGAUGUGCCGAUGGACCACUGCAGCAUCCUCUUCCCGGGGGUGAAAGAUUUCGAAAUGCGCGCGCUCCUGGAGUACAUGUACACGGGAGAAGUGAAUGUGACGCAGGCGCACAUCCCACGCAUCAUGAAAGUCGCGGAGCAGCUCGAAGUUAAAGGUCUGUUCGAUAUGACGGAGCUACGCCGGCGGCCUGGCGAGCGCACCCCCGCCGCGUCACCGCCGCGCGUGGUGCCCGCCGCGCCCUCCAGCGUGUCCCCGCCGGCGCCCGCGCCGCCCACGCGCUGGCCGCCACCACCUACACCGCCCGUUCUUUCUGCCGCGUAUGAUUCUGCGGACAUGAACCCGCUCAAGCGCAAGAAACUCUCCAGUAUAAUGGCCACCCGUGACACCCCCAUUCUAAGGAACGUUCUCGCUCAGGCUACACCGCCUGACUCCUCGCAACCUGUAUCUCUUGUUUGUCAUCCGGUAAAUCAACUCGCGCCUCCUCGUCUCCAUUCUAACGGUUCCGCUCAUGAUUCUGAACGUGCUGCUAGUCCUCAACGCCCCUUCGACUACCGCCCUCGCCGACUAUCUUCUCGUGCCUCAUCUCCACAUUUCAAUAGAUCAGAUCGUUCAGAAGACGCUCACUCCCCUUACACCGAGCGUUCCUUUGAAGAGGAACACCCACGCUCAUUCCAUCCUUCUCCCCCACCUCCAAAUUUUCAACAAGAUGUUCGGGCCGGCUUAGCGCCGUACGUCCCCCCGCAACAGAAACCAGAAUGGAAACGAUACAAACAAUAUACUAGAUCUGACAUUAUGUCCGCAAUAGAAUGUGUCAGAAAUGGAAUGAGUGCUCUACAAGCGUCACGAAAAUAUGGCGUGCCUUCACGUACGUUGUACGAUAAAGUGAAAAAACUCGGCAUAACUACAAGUAGACCUAUGAGCCGCGGAGUUAAGCGGGAAUCAAAUGGCGCCGCGUUUCCAUAUGGUUUAAGCGGUACUGGUGGUGUUGAUGACGGGUCCCCCGCUACACCAUUAAUUGACCCGUCUUUCUUGCAACAAGCAUUAGAAGGAGCGACCAGAGAUGGCGGACGCGAAGCACUUCACGCAAUGGCUCUAGCUGCCGCUGCGCAUGCCGCCUUAGCUCCGCGUACACCUCCGAAGACCGAACCGCUCUCACCGAGAUCGCCGCUCCCUGAUGACGACCACGUGGAGGAUCUUUCAGUUUCUCGCCGACGCGAUCCUGACCCACCAUCUGGUGUCAUUGUGCCGCCUCGAAACUUUGCACUAGAUUGCAGCAGUGAGCGAGAUUGAGAGUCAAAUGGGACGCGAUAACAUGGAAAAAAGACUGACUUUAGGCGUACAAUAUUAUGAAUUAAGGCACUUAUUUGGUAGGCUACUGGUAGGACGCGCCGCGCGCGCAUGCCACGCUGACCGGGAGCUCCGGCCGGGCGAUUGCAAUGGGCCCCGCGGCCAAUUUCAUUCUACCUCUCUUCUCUAUUUAUUUCCUUUGCCAUAUCCCGAUAGCGAAAUCAAAUUUCCGUUGGUCGGUAGGCGUAUCUUUUUGUGAUUUUUUUGUUUAUUUCUUCUUUCGUUUUUUAUGUUUUAUAACAUUUACGUCUUUGUUAAUCAAUAACGAACUAGGCUAGUUUAAAAAUUUAAAUUAGUAAUGGUUGUUCUUAGUUGGAUUGGUAACCGUAUAGGGUCGCAGGGUAGGGAGGCAGUGCGUCGGCCCUGCCGCUGCGCUUCGGGCGGGUCUGCCCCGCUUAGACGAGUUAUUGUGCAAUUUUGUUGUCCGCGACUGUGAUGUUUAUAGACUGAAACGCCACCACUACCUCACGCUCGCUACACUUAGCUCUAGUCCACCGCGCCGCGGUCUCCGCGAGCUCAACUGGUCUCGCCACCUACCAGGAGACCAUAUCCACGAGGCGUUCGCGCCUCGCGUUUUGUGCGGCUCGGUGUGUGACGAUUGUCACUGCGAAAAGCGACGUACCUACGUAAUAUAUUUACUAUUAAAAUACAUAAAGUCCUAUGUUACGGGUAGAUUAAUUAUUAUAUAGGUACUUACUGUUUGUCGAUUUGCCAUAAAUGUUCAUUGUUGAUACAUAGAGGUGUGUUCUCACUAUAUAAAUCAUUAGUAAUAUUUUUCUGCACUAGCACGGUCGUUCUUCUAGAUCUAAGAAGUCGAUUUACUUAUAAGAAUGCUCAAUGUCGUAUUUUUAAUAACAUUUCUCUGAUCUACCUAACUGUUAUUGAAAUUUGCUAUAAUUAAAACAUAGAACAGUACCUAAUUACCUACCUAUACCAUUAAAAAUAUUUUUUUGCAAUUUAGUACAUUAUAAUAAAUAUCUCCCUAGCGUCUAGCGUAGCGUUCCGUUUCAUGAAAAAUCUUAUCAGAGUUUCAGAAACAACUAACAAUUAUACGUUAUUUCUAUUAAAAAAAUCUAAAUAUUAUAUGUUAAUUUGUCAUAUACCUAACUAAGUUAAUUAUUACACUUAUUUUAAUUGGAAGACUGAUUUGUUAAUUUAGUCUAGUUUGAAAAUGCCAUAGAUUUGUACUACCUUAUCUACCUUAGUAUUGCAUAGUUGCAUACGAACUUAUUAUAAGUUGAAUCACGUAGAGUGUCGAGCCUUCUCCAGGUCUCACGGUGUUGUGCCUUUGUUUGUUGUAUUCUGUAGUAUGUUAGGACAUUCCAGUAGCUGCACUUUGUGCUCUAUUAGAUAAGUUUCAUGGCCGACCACUAGAUUUCGUUAAACCCGAGUUUAAAACUCUACACCUGUACCCACAGAUUAUUAAGUUUAUUAGUAACUAGUACUUCGUCCUGUACCUAGUGUUGAGUCAUUCAAUUGCACGUUUGCUAGUGCAAUGACAUGAACAUAUAUCAUACAUAUGAAAAAAAAAAUGAAAAAAUCUAAUUGUUUUAAACUCAGGCGAAUGAAAUAUUGUACAACGUUAGCGGGAUAACAUACCUCAUAACUUUGUUAAUUCGAAUCAGAUGUUAUCCUCUUAAAUAGCGCCACUUGCACCAUCCCACUAACUCGGGGUUAAGCGGUUAAAGCCUUAAUCCAGUGCAAAUUGUACUGGUAACCAUGGUAAAUAACUCCAGGUUUAACCGGUUAACCCCGGGUUAGUGGGAUGGUGCAAAUGGCCCUUACCAACUUAGGUAUUAUAGUAUAAAAACCAACUUUUGUGCCUAUACUACCCUUAUUAUUAAUGUUUAGUUACGAUGUUAUGUAGAAAUAGGUACCCACAUUUUAGUUGUGAAUGCAAACAUUAUCUUGUAUGUAGGUGUACCUUACAUGUAGUUAAAUAUGUAUCUACAUUAUGUAUAUUAGAUCGAGUUUGUUCUCUCGUACCUUCAUAUUUAAGUAAGAACUAUAUUUACAAAUAAUAUAAUGUUAUAAAUAUAAAAUAAACGUUUAAUAUGUC